AUGGAGAAUUCAAAAUGUCUUGAAGACUUGCCUGAUGAAUUAUUACUUGAAAUAUAUACUUAUUUGAGUUCAUAUGACAUAUUAUAUUCCUUUGGAUAUCUAAAUUGGCGUAUACAAUGUAUCAUUGGCGAAUUCUGCUCUCAACUCGAUUUUUCACAUACUUCCUUGAAUCAAUUUCAAUAUAUGUGUUCGUCUUCAUUCUUAUUUUUUCUUCCACAACGUCUCACCAAGUUAACAUUGAGUAAUGGAUGUGCACCGGGUCAAAUUGAAAUCUUUCAAGAAAAUAUAUGCAAUAGUUAUUUGAAAGAAAAACUACCAUUCCUUACUUCAAUAUCACUUCUUGAUUUUGAAAAUAAUAAUAUAACUCUUUUAUCUCAAUUACUUUAUCUCGAAGAAUUGUUUAUUUCAUUUACUAGUUAUGAGAAAAUCAAAAGUUCAACUGAAACUCUUCUUCAGUUCUACCUAUUCACAAAGGAAAAUAAUUUUCGAAAAAUCACACUCGAUAUUGAGGAAGGAGUUCAUAUGAAACCUCAAAUCAAACCAAAUAUACAGUUACAAGAUUUAAACAUUCAUUUGUCAACUGUUGAUGAUUUAUUUGUUUUAUUUACAAUUGUACCUAAUAUUAAUCGUUUAUUCUUUAGUAUUGUUGAUGAUGUAUUACCAACGUUUGUUCCUCAGAUUCAAUUUUCAAUGGACAAUUUCCCUAAGUUUUUAAAAAUAUUAUUUAUGCAUACAGAACACAAGCAAGCAGUACCAUUUAAAACAUUUUUUAUACCAUUGGUGUAUAAUAUUCCUUCAAUUGAACAUCUAUCGUUUGGCUUAAAAACCAGUGAUCCUGAUUAUGCUGAUGCAACACUUUGGACAGAUCUUAUUAAUUCAAUGCCUCUUUUACCAACAGUCAUAUUUGGCUUAGAAAUUCAAAUAACAAUAACAUUACUUGAUCGUUUUGUUGUCUACACACAUGAUGAUCUUAAAAAAGCAGUUUUCGAUUUAUUCGUCCAAUAUUUACCAUCUGCUUCACUUAGUAUUUAUACGAAUCAAGAAACAUUGUAUAUUGAUACUGUUCCAUAUAGAUUUGAUCGUGAUACUGGCUAUACUACAUCACCUGAAGCCUUGCGUGCUCUUAAAACCAAUCCGAAAGUUGCACAGCAACCUUCUAAACAUAUUAUUGGGCUCAACAUGUCUGGAGAAUAUCUACCUAUAACAGCUAACGAUUAUAUUAAUAUUAUAUGUAGUUUCCCCGGUAUUAAAUAUAUCAAUAUUGAGUCAAUUAAUGUCAAACACGAACUUAAAGAAGAAAAUUCUGUGGCACUUCCAGUUUCGUUGAAACUGAAAUAUAUCUAUUCGUUGGCUUACAUGCGUUCAACAAAAUGUCAAGUUAAUAGAACUCUUUUUGAUUAUCUCUUUUACGGACAUCAACGACUUACAACCCUCACUAUGAUGUAUGGUGAUUUAAUCUAUUUAUUACGAACAGCAUCACCUCCACUAGACGGCAGUCACAUCACAAAUCUUACAUGUUGGUCUAGUGGACCAGAUGGAACUGUUCAGCUUAAUCAUUUGAAUUAUUUGAUCACUGCUUUUCCUCAUAUCGAAUACCUCAGCUUUGGAUUAACAUCGAGUAAACUCAUAAAGAAAAAACAAGUAGAAAUAAUUGAAAAAUUGAUUACAUCGUUCGAACGACUUCGUGUAUUUCGACUUUAUUCUUGUCGAGGUACUUUCAUAUUAACUCGAAUGUUAAUGGAUGAUCAGAAUAUGAGAUCAAAGUGGUUAUCUCGUGUCCAUGCGAGUGGAUCUGUACUCAUUGUUGAGCCGAAACAUUUGAGACUUUGGAAGUGCGAAUCUCAAAUAACUUAUUUUUGA